GAAUCCUGCCAUGUGGGCUCUAGUCAUUUUGACGUUGGCUUCUUCUUUACCACUCUUCACCUGUGCUCAACCUGAUUCAGGCUCAACAGAAACAUUGGAUACCAGUCACCGAACAAUUGUAUAUCCCAUUCGAGUAGAUAGUCAAGCUCACCCAUAUCCUCGUCAUUUGCAAUAUCGGCGAAAGGGCCAAGCUGUUUGGCACGGCGGGACUCUGUACAGGUUUGAAAUUUUCAACAAAACUUGGGUUAUUGAGCUUCAACCUUCUCAUCAACUCCAUCGUUUGAGGAAAUCCAAUCUAACAAAAUUGGAAGCUCAAACUCAUAUCCAGUCAGGAUGUUACUACAAAGGUCGAAUACAAAGCGAAACUUUAUCCACGGUGAAAGUCAGCCUCUGCAAUGGAAUGACAGGUGACAUUCAUACUCUUGAGGGUAGUUACGUCAUAUAUCCUUUGCCUGCAGAUGAAAAGACAUCGAUCUUACCUCAUCAUUUAUCACCAUUACAACUCCCAGAUCCUGAACGUCCAUGGAGGCCAUUGGUUGCUGAAAAUAUUCAAUUUUGUGACGUAAAAGGUAAGACUUAA